AUGAAAGGAAGGUAGUUAUUGAUCAUAAGAAAUAAGUAUAUUGUCUAAGAUUUAAGAUUGAGAAGAGAGAGAGAAGAAGUUAUUUAUAGAGUUAAUUAGUUAGUAGUUGAGAUGAGUUUCCAUAGAAAUCAGCUAUCAAAAAGAAAGGAGAGUGAGGAAGAGAUAGGUAGAGAGAGAGAGAGCUUCAUAAUUAAUAUGAACAGAAAUGUAAAAGGGAAAAAGAAAGAGAAGAGAAAAGAAGGAAAAAAGAUAUAUAAAAUCUUUAUAUAUCGUUUUUUUUUUAUAGAAAGAAGGAGGUCAUAAAUUGUGUUAUGUUAUACAAUACUUUUGAUAUAUAAAAUUCAAUUUUAGUUACUAUAAUUAAUAAAUUAAAUUGUUAGUUAAGUAAGAAAGUAAAGUUAAAUUGAUUCGUACAUUUAUUUAUUGAUUGAUAGUUAUUAAUUUUUUUUUUUUGAAUUGCUUGACUGGUAAAAUUAAGAUAGCUAGCUAACUAAUUAAAUAGCAGCAAGUAGAAGUUUAGAUGCCGCCAGUCGAAGCAAAAUUAUUUGUUAUUUUUUAUAUAAAUUUUGUUAAACAAGCAGUUUCUUUUAUGUUAGCAUAAUUUUUCUUUAUAUAUCUCUGGAUUUUGUAUGUCGAUACAUGUUUCUCUCUUGGCUUUCCUUUUGA